CGGGCCGGAGCUGCCCGAGCCUGCAGCGCCAUGGCCAGAAAGCGCCGAGCAUCGCCGCGGCCCGCGGCCGCCAAAAAGAGGCGCUCCGGGAGGCUGCCAAAGGAGGAGAAGGAGGAGCAGGAGCAGGAGGAGGAGGAGGAUGAUUUUGAAGAGAAAAAGCCCAGUAUAAAAAAGACCUCAAAAGCUCCAGCUAGGAAAAAGGGAGAUGAUUGUGAUACUGAAGUUUCCAACUCAGCAAAACCUUCCAAACCUUCAAAACGAGAAGAGGCAAAAUCACAAGUAAAAGAAAGUAAAAAGAAUGCUAGAAAUAAAGAGAAUUGUAUCAAAGAGGAAACAUGCAGUGACUCACUGAAGCAUCCUCAGAAGGAGAUGAAAUUAGAGACAGAAUCUCCUGUUAAAAAAGAGAUGGAUGAAGACAAUACUGACAGUGAUGAUGAUGAUGAUGAAAGUGAAGAUGAGUGGGAGGAUGUGGAAGAACUUCAGGAACCUGCUACAGAUAAGUUAGAAGAAGCUGCUGCUCUUCCAUCAGUGGGGCUGCCAAGCAAUCCUGUCGAGAUAGAGAUUGAAACCCCAGAGCAGGCGAAGAAAAGAGAGAGGAGAGAAAAAAGAAAAGCUGAGUUUGAGAUGUACCUUCGGAGAAUGAUGAAACGUUUCAGCAAGGAGGUUCGUGAGGACACACACAAGGUUCACUUGCUGUGUUUAUUGGCAAAUGGUUUCUACAGGAACAGGAUCUGCAGCCAGCCAGAUCUCCUCGCCAUCGCUCUGUCCAUCGUCCCCGCACGCUUCACCCAGGUGCCUGCAGGCCAAGUGGGCCUUGUCUACCUUUCCAACUUGGUGAAAUGGUUUGUUGGAACCUUCACUGUCAAUGAUGAGCUUUCCACUGAAAAAGGAGAGCCCCUUCAGUCAACACUGGAGAGGAGGUUUGCCAUCUAUGCUGCACAGGAUGAGGAGGAGCUUGUUCAUAUAUUUUUAAUUAUUCUGCGAGCUUUACAACUGCUGUGUCGCCUCGUGCUGUCUUUUCAGCCUAUUCCUCUCAAGGAGACAAGACCAAAGGGAAAGAGCUCAUCCAAGAGGCUGUCUCACAGCAGCACCUCUGAGGGACAGGAGAGUUUUGCCACAACACCCAAAGCUGUGGCAAAAGCGUGCCCCUGCAAAAAAGCCAAGCAGGAUGAGAAAUCCUCAGAGAGCAAAGAAAACAACAAUGAGCCAAAGAAACCCAAAACUGUCCAGGCCAAAAAGACACAAAAGUCAAAGCUGACUAAAGGUAGCCAGGAGCAGAAGGAAUCAAAGAAUGAGAGCAGUCCAGCAGAAAAAGAUGUGCCAGUCAGGCCCAAGAAUGACCGCCGGAGACGAGUGGCCUCCAAAGUGUGUUACAAGGAAGAGAGUGGAAGUGAUGAGGGCAGUGCUUCGGACUUUGAGCUUUCAGAGGAGGAGAGUGAUGUCUCUGAUGAGGAUUUUGAAAGUGUCCCUAAGAGGAGGAGAAGCUCACAGGCCUCCCAGAAUUUAAAACUGACAGCUGUGAAAAGGUCAAAAACUGAGACUUGUGAAACAAGGCAAUUAGAAAAUUUGUGUGGAGCUAAGUCAGCAAAAAGUACAACUCCAGCCUUGCCUCAAGCAAAGAAGAAGAGAAACAAAAUCAUUUCUAGUGAUGAGGAUGAAGGACAGCAGGAAGUGAGGAAAGCCAUGGGCACAGACCAGUGGCUGGAGGUUUUCCUUGAGCCCGAGGACAAGUGGGUUUGUGUAGACUGUGUUCAUGGCAAUGUGGGCCAGCCCCAGCUGUGCUUUGCACAUGCCACAAAGCCACUUUUCUACGUUGUGGGGUUUGACAACGAUGGGAGUGUCAGGGAUGUGACACAAAGAUAUGACCCAGUGUGGAUGACCUCAACAAGGAAGAGCCGUGUGGACCCAGAGUGGUGGGAAGAGACACUGCAACCCUAUGAAAGUCCCUAUGUGGAGAGAGACAAGAAGGAAGAAAAUGAGUUUCAAGUGAAGCUUCAAGAUCAACCUCUACCAACAGCAAUUGGAGAGUACAAAAACCACCCUCUCUAUGCACUGAAGAGGCACCUCUUGAAAUUCCAGGCCAUCUAUCCUGAGACAGCUGCUGUCUUGGGGUACUGCAGGGGAGAGGCUGUCUACUCCAGAGACUGUAUACACACGCUGCACUCCAGGGACACUUGGCUGAAGCAAGCUCGAGUGGUGAGGAUUGGAGAAGUGCCUUACAAGAUGGUGAAAGGAUUUUCCAACCGGGCGAGGAAGGCGCGCCUGGCAGAGCCGGCCAACCGGGACCGGGAGGACCUGGCGCUGUUCGGCCGCUGGCAGACAGAGGAGUAUCAGCCUCCCAUAGCAGUGGAUGGAAAGGUUCCUCGGAAUGAAUAUGGAAAUGUGUAUCUCUUCUUGCCAUCCAUGUUACCUGUGGGCUGUGUGCAGCUAAAACUGCCAAACCUCAACAGAGUGGCACGGAAGUUGAACAUUGACUGUGCUCAAGCCAUCACUGGAUUUGAUUUUCAUGGAGGCUACUCACACCCAGUUACUGAUGGCUAUGUGGUGUGUGAGGAGUAUAAAGAAGUCCUUGUUGCUGCCUGGGAGAAUGAACAAGCAGAAAUAGAAAAGAAGGAGAAGGAGAAACGUGAGAAAAGAGCUCUGGGGAAUUGGAAGCUGCUGACAAAAGGACUUCUCAUCAGAGAGAGACUGAAGCAACGCUACUCCAUCAAGACUGAGCCAUCAGCACCUGAGACAGAGAAAGGAGGGGGAUUCUCCUCUGAUGAAGAAGGAGCUCCGAGCUCAGAGAGCACAGUGGGGAACACAGCCAUGUAUUGGCCCCAGAACCGCCAGCUGGAGAAACAAGAAGAGAUAAAAACCAAAAAGAGCAAGCGAGAAAAGAGAGGAGAAGCAGCUCAGUUGUUCCCUUUUGAGAAAUUGUGAUCACAAGCUUUUCUUUGGUGUUCUCAGGUGCAGGAAACAUAGUCAUUAUAAAAGUAUCCUUUACCAGUUAGGGCCUUGGGCUCUUCCUCUGCACUUGUAUUUCUGAGCAGGCAGGGACCAACCUAAUUCAGUGUCCAGUUUCCUUUGAGAUCACAGGUAUCACUUGGGUAUCAGAUUCUUCCUUUUGUCCUUGGACCUUGCACCUCCCAAGAUCACUUUGCUUUGUUGGGGUUUUUGCUCUCUUUUGUAUCACUCAGCACUAAUAGUUGAGUUUCCUGAGGCACUCCUGUCAUCAACAGUCUCAUUUCCCAUUUUUCUUGUUUUCAUUUUUCCUGCUUGCUCAGAACUGAAGCAUCCAGCUGCUUUUUAUGUCUGCAGAGAGGUGGCCAAAGGAAUGCUGAUGCCUGCUUUGAUCCAUAGCUUACCCAAAUCAGUGGUGAGGUAGAGUUCUGGCCUGUCUCAAGGGGGAAACACUUCCUUUGAGGUCUAAAACAAACCCCAAAAAUCAGAAUAUGGAAGAAUUAGUAUUUUCUAAAGAGUAUUGCAUUUUGUAAUGUAAGUUUGGCUUUUGAGCCAUCUUUAUUUGCUCUCAGAAAUCUUGUGCUGUGGAAGGGAGAAGCCCUGUCCUUAUUACCAGCUUAGGCUUCAAUAUGUCUUCUUAAGCAAUGUGAAUAUAUAUAUAUUUGCUUCUGUUGCUUAUCAAGAUCCUUUUCUGGAGCAAAACACAUAAAACUGGCUAAAUCUCACUGAUGGAACAAAAUUCACUAGAACCACAGAAUUCUUGCGAUCCAGUACCAUAGCAUUAAAAAUCUGUUGAGAGAGGAAUAUUAAAUCUACAUAAGCUUUUAUUGCACUUUUGUAGUAGAAAUACUGAUCUGUCUUUGGCAGUAUGUAUCUAAAGACCACUGACACAGUCUCUUCAAAAAUGGAGGGAAAAAUAAUUUAGACAUUGUCACAGAGUAGGAGAUGUAAGAAAAUGGCUUUCAUGUAACUAUGUUCAGAAGAAAAUCUAUUUUUGUACUGUAUUUGUAGAUCAAAAUAAAGUUUGAAAGAAAUAGUAUGUUGUCUGUUUUUGGAAUACACAGGUAACUCCCAGUUUCCUUAAAAUACAAGGGGCUGUAACAGUCAGGUUGAACCAUUAUAUUUUUCCAAUUAUCUUAGAGAGGCAAGGAAGUGACUUGACUUCUUUGGUCAGUAAUGGGGAAUAAAUCCAUGUCAGGCUGGCAGCAGUACACAGACCAGAGAGCAGCUUCCCAAACCAGAAAUAUCUGCAGGAAAAUAAAACCCAACAAUAGGAAACUAGUUCUUGUGGAAGCUACAAACUACCUGGACGUUACAUUAUUCCUGGAUAUAAAACAUGCAAUACUUGAAUUUAGUAAAAAAACCUACAGACCAACCUUUGGAAAACAGUAUUUUAUUAAAUAUACAAAAGCUCAGCACUUCAGUAGAAAAUUGUCACUUCAUUUCCAAUAAGUAAUGCUGGUCAGUAUUCUGCAUCAUGGGCAAAACAGCAGCAGUUCAAGAACAGCUUCUCUCCCCUGUGGAGCACAGUUCCUGACUGCUGGAGCAUGAGCAGGUGUUCUGAGCAGCACCACUGCCACACACCAGGCCAGCUCCUGUACCUGCCCUUUCACUCCCUGCUCGUUUUACCAAGACAGAGCUGGGAGACCAAACUGACUAUUCAAAUACCAAAAGAAUGAAAGUAAUUAGGACUAAAAAAAGUCAUUACAAAUUCUCAAAACAUUUAUGAUUUCUAACUCAGAUUUCUAUUUCAAUAUCAUUUCUAGCAAAUGUUUACUUCUGUGUAUGUUCAAGUCAAAUUCCUUUGGUACAGAGAACACUCCUCUGAUGGUCAUAAGUAGAUGUCAUAAUAGAAAACAUUACUUUUGUACUGAACUGUGUAUAUUUACAAAAACUCCAAAACAGUAGUGUAGGGGGCUCCAUCUGGAAGCCAGACUCUAGUUUGCUGGAGAGACUUUAGGGUGUCUCUAACCUCAAGUACUGGUUACAGCAGAUAAACAUGAGCCAUCACAACACUACAAAGCAUUCCUCUAACAAGAUACAAAACUACCAAUUUAGGCUACUAAAAUCUAUGAAAACUAAUAAGGCAAAAAUGUUUCCAUUACUUAAUUUCACAGAGUAUGUUCAUUGUCCUUACUAAGUGAAAUUAAAGAAAGGAACAGUAUACACAGCAAAAAAAA